CCGUUUCCACUCCUCCCACCUCUCAGAGGGAAGCUCAGAAUCACAGAUCACAGCUAAGAAAUCUGUCAAUCAGGAUAACAUUUCAAAGUCAUUUAUAACGAUGGCAGCAACAAUUGGACCAGUUGCAACAGUCAACGCUGAAAACAAAAUACGCAAUCUAAAGCUUGCCGGACAUGUUGGAUUUGAUACUCUUCCUGACCAGUUGGUCUCUAAAUCAGUCCAAUGUGGGUUCAACUUUAAUAUCCUCUGUGUCGGAGAGACUGGUUUGGGAAAGUCAACCUUGAUGGAUUCACUUUUUAACACCAGUUUUGAAUCAAAUCCAAGUCCCCAUUCUCUUUCGGGAGUCAAGCUAAAGUCUCAUACUUACGAACUUCAAGAAUCUAAUGUCAAACUAAAGUUGACAUUGGUUGAUACAAUCGGUUAUGGUGAUCAAGUCAACAAAGAAGAAUCUUUCAAACCUGUUGUGGAUUACAUAGAUGCACAAUUUGAAGCAUAUCUGCAGGAAGAAUUGAAAAUCAAGCGUCAGCUGGCUACAUUUCAUGAUACCCGUAUCCAUGUCUGCCUUUAUUUUAUUUGCCCAACUGGUCAUGGUUUGAAAUCUCUUGAUUUGGUUUGUAUGAAGAAACUGGACAACAAAGUCAAUAUAAUUCCAGUGAUUGCAAAAGCUGAUACUAUUUCAAAACCUGAAUUGAUGCGUUUUAAGACUAAAAUCAUGUCGGAGCUAGCAGCAAAUGGUGUUCAAAUCUAUCAGUUUCCAGUGGAUGACGAAGCUGUUGCUGAAAUGAACCUCUCCAUGAACGCUCAUUUUCCUUUUGCGGUAUGCGGCUCGACCGACUUCAUCCGCGUAGGAAACAAAAUGGUACGAGCUCGUCAAUACCCAUGGGGCACAGUUCAAGUGGAAAACGAGAAUCAUUGCGAUUUUGUGAAGUUGCGUGAAAUGCUUAUCCGCACAAACAUGGAAGAUCUGAGAGAGACCACCCAUAUUCGUCAUUACGAAAUUUAUCGGCGUUUAAGACUCGAGCAGAUGGGUUUCAGCGAUCUUGAUUCCGACAACAAACCACAGAGUUUCCAACAAACUUACGAGCACAAACGUCAAUUACUUCGCAUGGAAUUACAACAGAAAGAAGAUGAGAUGAGGCAACAGUUUGUCAUUCGCGUCAAAGAAAAGGAAACUGAGUUGAAAGAGGCAGAAAAAGAGCUUCAAUCUCGUUUCGAUAGGCUCAAAAAAGAGCACGCUGAAGAGAAGAGGAAAUUGGAUGAAGCCAAAAAACGAUUGGAAGAUAAUCAGAAUGAGCUCGUUAAGCGACGCCAACAGUUGUUGACCCAGAGCACGGGCACUUUGGGUCACGGUACGCUAACCCUUGGCAAAAACAAGAAAAAAUGAACUCACAAAUAAAACACUUUAAUUUUCCUCCUCGACACUUCCAGAGAAACGUCUCAAUUCAAUUAUCUUUCAAUCAUAUGUAUCAUCAUCUUUUUUUAGAUUUUCAUGUGUAUGCGUUUAAAGAAAAAUCUUUUUAAAAAGUAUGCUGCUGUCACGUAAUUGGUCGACCAGAUAAAUGCUGGUGAUUUUUUGUUAUCAGUUGGGUUUGACUAGCUUCCCCUUUUUCUUCGUUUCCUAAAUCCUACCUACCUGCCAUUUUCCCCUCAGUUUUCCCCUAUUUUUGUUAAUGACUAGUCUUUGAACAACAUACAAUAAAGAACACAUCCAAAUUGGA